GAGGAGGAAGAGGAGGAGGAGGAGGAGGAGGAGGAGGAGGAAGAGGAGAAAGAGGGAUUUCGAGCGAGACGUCUGGUACAAAUGGCAAAAAGGCAAGAGGACAAGAGAGAACUCGGCAGAGGUGUUAUGUUGCCAAGGCUGAAUCCAGAAGGCUGGAGGAAGCAAGAGUUGGUGGAGACGAUCAUCCAAGGCGCUGGUGACAACGAGCGAUUUCUGGAUGUCGUCAAGCUGGACAACAAGAACCUCUUGGAAAAGGGUGAGGCUGGAUAUGCUGAAGAGGCUGUGAGGAGGGCGCCUGGAGAUAAGGAAGAGGAUGAUAGUGAGGAGGUAUCGAUAGGCAAAGAGGCCAAGUCAAGACCCAGUCUGAUGAGGAGAGAACGACGCAAGUUGAAGCUGUCGGUCGGUCGGAGAACAGGCCUGCUCGUCAAAACAGAGCUGGUGUCUGGUGCUCGUGACAAAGAGCUGAACGACAAAAGUGAUGCAAUAGAGGAGAUAAGCAAGAUGGGAACGAAGCGACUAUCAGAGGAUUACGAGGCUGGUGACGAGUCGAUGGAGCAGAGUGACCGAGUGGACAAAUGCGCUCCAAAUUUGGAAGAGGCUGACGGGAUAAGGACGAGUGAAUUCCUAAGCAGAUCUGUAGAGGCAGAAGAAGAUGAAGAGGGAGAGGGUGAGGAGGAUGAGGGUGAGGAAGGCGAGGAGGAGGAGGAGGAGGAAGACGAGGAAGAAGAUGAGGAGGACGAGGGAGACGAGGUGGUUCUGCGUGACGACGACGAUGAAGAGGUGGAUGAAAGUGAGGAAGAGGUGUACGAAGACGGAGAUGAGGAUGAAGAGAACGCCGUCGAAGAGGCGUACGAUACGGAGGCUGACGUGGGCGACACGAAUGAAGAGGACAGAAAGACCGGCGUCGGGAGGCUUGGCAAACAGGCGGGACAAGCCAAGAGUCUCUGUGGCCGACGCCGAGCUGUUGGAGGGGCCACGGUAACUGCUCAUUUGUCCCUCCAACCCGCAGGACGACCAGCAGCUCGGCCGUCUCAAGGCCUUCCAAUUCGACAUCCGCCUCAAGUCUCCCAGCCUCCACCAGCCUUCCAGCCUCACGCACCCACAUCGCAUCAGCCGAGGCCGACUGGGACGCCGCCGAUGAGUCAAAGUCAUCUCGGCUCGCUUGGUCCACUGUUGGGUCAGCCGGGAACAGUUGGGUUGCACCAUCAUCAGACACCGGCUCGCCACCAGACACAUCUGAUGACUCUACCGACCUCACAGGUCACGGGUCAGCUGCAGCACUCAAUUGGGCUGAUGCAAUUGCAAGUCUGCGCCAGCCCGCGGAUGCGCACCAGCAGCGUUGACAGUUGUUCUUUGGGAGGCAUUGUCGGCACAGAUGAUGGUAGGCAUUCCAUAAGUCUGUGA